CGUACUAGUUUUCCUCUAACUUUUGUUGUGAAAGAGCUUGCCGGAAGCAUUAAAUGGCGUUCCGUGCACAAGACGUUGUUUUAACUUGGGUGAACCUGUUCGAUUUAAUACAAAGAUGAAGCCUUUAUCGUCACUUAAAACCGCCUUUGUAUCUUUUAUCGUAUCAUUUAUGUGCAUUAAGAUCGCCUGGUGCAACAAUGGCAGGAAGGUUGGCGACGUCCUAGAGUCGGAAUUCAGUGAUUUCUCCGUGCCUCUAGAACAUUCUUUUGAAGUCGAUGACGUGGGUAGGUUCCGGGUGCGGGGAACGCUGUUGCUGAAAGCCGGCAGGGAAUCCGGAGUGUCUCUGAGUCAGAGCCAAUUGUCACUGGACGACAGAGUCAAACUCAGGGAAGUGGCGUCGGUGGACGGUCUGUAUCGGAUCCGAGUGCCUCGGAUUUCGCUGCAGGCCGACAGACAGACAGAGCGGCAGAUGGAUGGAUAUGUCACCGCGUUUGUCAGAGCUUGUGCCAUGGUGGAGUCCCACCUGAGUGAUGUGAUCACGUUGCACACGGACGUGUCGGGCUCACUGAUUGGCGUUUCCAUUGUCACACUGCAUGGAGCCUGCAGGGGGAUCGACGUGGAGGACGACAUGGACCUGGACCUCUUCAACACCACACUCAAUGUCAUGGCUCCUGUCAACGCACCCGGACCCGAGACGGCGCUGUUCCUGGAGCGUAUGGAACAGGAGUCGGAGAAGAAAGGAAAGAAUCCCCAGGAGCAGAAGUCUUUCUUCGCUAAAUACUGGUAUUUGAUACUGGGAGGCGCCAUCUUCCUCAUGGCUUCCAACUCAGCACAGCCCCCAGCAGGGGGAGCCAGAGAGCAGAGUUGAACCCCUCUCACUGGAAUGGAUGUAUAUUGUGCCUCUGGUUCUCUUCCUGAUGAUGUCAGGUGCUCAGGACCAAUCAGGCGGUGGAGCUGGUGGCGGGGGAGCAGCCAAUGGUGGUGGGCGAUGAUCAACCACUAAUGUUUUUUUUUUUUUUUU